AUGUGGGUGAAAAAUCUGGACGAUUUUGCCGAGAAGGAUGCGGAGGAAGAUGAUGUCUUUCACCUCAAACCGGGCUGCGUCAUAGACGAUGAUUCCGACUCUGACCAGCCAUUAGACACUACAUACGAGUGCUGGAGAAAGGAAUUCAAGGCUGAAUUGAUUUCUUUGUCGGUACAUCCAGCUUUUCCGGAGGUGGCUCACGUUGCGGUCGGUUCGUGCGACGACACGUGUACGAUAGUCGACUUAUCAUCACAGGACGAAGGAAGCGAGGCUCAACAAACCUUGCUGGGUCCUUUCGAAGAGACCGUGAGUUGCUGCGCAUAUUCCCCCAAUGGCGCUUAUCUGUCGCUCGGCUGCAUGGAUGGCUGCUUUUUGGUUUACAGCACGGUCGGUACGAAGUAUGAUCACAUGUGCACGGUUAACGGGCCCACUGACGGCAUUGAAUGGAUUUCGUGGCUAGGCGACUCUAGCGCCGUGAUGUUUGGUGGCUCAGGCCACACCGUGUACAUUUGGGACCCGCAAUUGCAGACGACGGCUUGCGUGAAUACAACCGACACCAACUCCUGCGGCAAGUUAUGUAUGUACGGUGACAAUGCGUUGGCCGUGUUGGGAGGUGAUGACGGGCACCUCAACAUUGUACGUUAUUCUAACGGCACCGUGGGCAGCGUGAGCGACGUUCCACUUGGCAAAGAUUCAGUGACUUGCGUCGACUGCCACGAUACUGUACAGCUCGCUGUGGCGGGGUUAUACGAUGGAUCUCUGUACUUCGUGGGACUAACUAAGAAAAGUAUAUCCGCAUCAUUUCUGGAGGAUCACACCGACACUGUGGAGGCGGUGAAAUUUUGCACCGGUGCGUCGUCCACGAUGGCUGUGAGCUGCGGUCAUGACGGCCGAGUAAUUACGUGGGAUUGCGAGCGCAUGGCCAAGCUGAACGUCGUGCCACUGUUGUCGAAGCUGACCCGCAUGGUGUGGGUGCCGUCCGUGUUGGUGGUGGCUGUGAGCAACGUUCGUGGGGAGCUCUACACGUUGAAGAACGGCAAGGUGAUCAAGCACAACCGUCCGCACCAGAAAAUGGUACUGGACCUGGCGACUCUUCCGUGCGACGACGACGAAUGCGCCCUGCUAUCAGUGUCUGAGGACGGAUCCAUGGUAAUGUAA